UAGAUGUGUAUUUUAUACAUUUAUAUGUGAAGAGAAAACACAAGUGACACAGUUUUCCUGCUGCACUGGUGAGAGGCAGACUGGGUUGAGUCUCCACGGUUCUCAUGGUGUGUUUAAGUUCCUUUCUCCGCUCGGAGUUUUCUAUCAGUCAUAACAGACUCGCAGAGAAGAAUCGAUACAGCACAAUGGCAGAACUCGCUCCAGUCGCAGCACCGGUCGCCCCGGUUAAGACCCCGAAGAAGAAGGUAUCCAAGCCGAGCAAGAAGACCGGACCCGGCGCCGGUGAGCUCAUCCUGAAGGCGGUGGCCGCCUCAAAGGGCCGUAGCGGGAUCUCCUACGUGGCCGUGAAGAAGUACAUGGCCGCUGAGGGCUACGACGUGAAGCAGAACAGCGCCCACGUCAAACGCGCCGUCAAGAAGCUGCUGGCGGGAGGAGCCCUCGUUCAGCUCAAGGGGAGCGGGGCCACCGGCUCCUUCAAGGCGGCCAAGCCCGACGAGAAGCCCAAGAAGGCGGUGAAGAAGACCGUCGCUAAGCCCGCAGUGAAGAAGCCCGCAGUGAAGAAGCCCGCCGCCAAGAAGGCCGCUGCCGUCGCCAAGAAGCCAAAAGCCAAGACGACACCCAAGAAGGCCAAGAAACCCGCUACAGCCAAGAACACAUCGGUGAAGAAGCUCACAAAGAGCCCGAAGAAGAAGCCGGUCAAGAAGGCAGAGACGCCAAAGAAAGCAGCGAAGAAGGUUGUUAAACCCAAAGCUGCCAAACCAGCCAAGAAGGCCGCGGCCAAGAAACCAGCCAAGAAGGCAGCAGCCAAGAAACCAGCGAAGAAGUAAACUUGUUAAAAGUUGGUUGGAAAUUACAAAAAAGGCUCUUUUAAGAGCCACCAAAUCUACUUAAAGAGCACUAUUCUGAAUUAUUAUUAUUAUUAUUAUUAUUAUUAUUAUUAUUAUUAUGUGUUAUCAGCAAAUAAAACAUCAACAUCCAUACUAACUAUAUAUAAUAUAUAUAAAAAAUGU